AUGGAGCGCCACAAAGCUGCGGUAGAGACAGUACGCAGGCGUAUACAACAGUUUUACCACGCGAGAACGGCGUUCCGAGUCUAUCACGGCAGUACCAACAGCACCCGCCAUGUUGAUUUCGACCGAGACGCCAUUGUAGACGUCAGCACUCUUAAUCAUGUUCUCUCCAUCGAUUAUGACAAGAGAACCGCACUGGUCGAACCCAAUGUUCCUAUGGAUGCAUUGGUCCGGGAAACAAUCAAGGCUGGCCUGCUUCCACCUGUCGUUAUGGAGUUUCCGGGCAUCACCGUAGGAGGAGGCUUCGUUGGAACUGCAGGAGAGAGUAGCAGUUUUAAGCAUGGCUUCUUCGAUAGGACUGUAUUAAGUGCCGAAGUGGUGCUUGCUGACGGCACUCUCGUUACAGCUUCCCAGACCCAAAAUCAAGAACUCUUCGAGGGAUUGAGAGGCAGUUUUGGAACACUUGGUGUACUCACAGCAGUUGAGAUGCAGCUCAUACCCUUGAAAACGUUGGUCGAAGUUACCUACCAUCCGACUUUCUCAUUCGAGAACGCAACGCACAAAAUGCAAUAUCAUACGACCGAUGAAAAGAACGACUAUGUCGACGGUGUUCUCUUCUCUAAAGGCACGGGCGCUAUUGUAACAGGUCGACUCGUCCAUGCGGGACAAGCACCUCGACUACCAAUCCAACGAUUCUCCAGGCCUUGGGACGAGUGGUUUUGGAUACAUGCAAAGUCUGUCGCAUCGAAAGGCAUCGUCACGAAGGAACUUGUACCGAUAGAAGACUAUCUGUUUCGCUACGACCGCGGAGCAUUCUGGAUGGGCAUGUACGCCUACAAACAUUUCAUGGUUCCCUUCACGUGGCUAACACGCGUCUUACUGGACUACUUCAUGCACACAAGAAUCAUGUACCAUGCGCUACAUGCUUCGGGUUACACGGAUCGUUACAUCAUCCACGACAUAUCCUUUCCAUCGGAAAAUUCUGCCCCUUUCCUGGAAUAUACCGAUCAAGCUUUCGGCUUGUACCCCAUUUGGCUCUGUCCAUUACGUCGUGAUGGUAGAAGCUCAAUGGGACAUCCGAAACCCUUCGGUGGCCUAGUCGGCGGGAAGCAUACCGAUGCAUACGACGGCAACUACAUUAGCAUUGGUUUAUGGGGGCCCUAUCCUUCAAACGAAACAGAAUAUGUGCGCGCAAACCGCGAAAUUGAGGCCAAGAUGCGCGAACUCGGGGGAUUGAAAUGGCUAUACUCUCGUGUCUUUUAUACUGAAGACGAAUGGUGGGACGUCUACGACAAGCGCAAAUAUGACGAACUUCGCAGCAAGUACAAUGCGACAUCUUUGUCUACGAUAUGGGAUAAAGUCAAGGAUCGCGGUAGGAAGGAGGAGUUUGGACCAGGUUUGAAGGGCUUGCUGAAGAGGGUUGUGAAGAGCAAUGCUUUCUUAUCAGGUUUGUAUGGUAUCUACAAGGCUGUCAAGGGCGAGGACUAUAUUCUCAAGAAGAAGGCAUCUUGA